ACUAUAAAUAAAUCGUCUUGUCUCGUACACUCGGACGUUUGUGCGCCAUUGUUACCUCAAAGCUUUCGUCGGGCACAGAUUCAGACGAUUGUCCGUCGCACAUCGUUCGACGUAUUUCAUUAUUUUAUCAUACCACAGCGACCCGAACGAAAACAUCAGACAUGUCGUGGAUGGACCCGGUCCCCGAACCCCAAGACCUCUCUGAAGCCAUAACGUUGAGCAAAGAUCAAUUGAAAGUUUUGAGAAAGGGUUUCGACACGUUCGACACUGAGAAAAAUGGCAAAAUUACGUGCGCCAACAUCAACAUCAUUUUGGACAUGUUGGGUCAUGCUACCGACGCCGGAACUGUGAAGCAAAUCGUAUCCGAAAUCGACCACCAAGGAACUGGUACAUUAUCCUUUGAGGACUUUUGUACGUUGGCGUCGAGAUUUAUGACCGAAGAGGAAGAGGACUCCGAAGCAAUCAAAACCGAACUCAGAGAAGCUUUUAGGCUAUACGACAAAGAAGGAAACGGCUAUAUCACGACCGAGGUGCUGAGAGAAAUAUUGUCUGAACUCGACAACAACAUGUCCGACGAAGAGCUGGAUCAGAUGAUCGAUGAAAUCGACGCGGACGGAUCCGGUACCGUAGACUUUGACGAAUUCAUGGAGGUGAUGACUGGUUAAUGCGAAGACGUAUUAUGAGAGUUAUCGAUAUUAUAUAUACAAUCAAACAAACGCAGCACUUUUUGAAAAAAACUAUCACAUCUUACAAUGUUUCGUUGAUUUUUUGUUUUUUUUUUUUUUUUGUUCUCUACGCUCAAUUUGUGUGGGCGUAAUGCGUUAAAUACUUUGCACAAUAUACGGGAGCUUCAGCUGAUUUGAUGCAUUAGAGUAAUAAUGUAAACAUCCAUUAUCAUUUAUCAUUAAAUUAUAAUAUUGUAUGCUAUCAAA